AUGGAUUUUCAAAACAGAGCAGGCGGAAAGACUGGCUCCGGUGGCGUCGCCUCGUGGUCAGAAUCUAACAGAGACCGACGAGAGCGUCUUAGACAGCUUGCGUUAGAAACAAUAGACCUCAACAAGGUAAAUAAGAAGUUGUUGUUUUGCACGUGUGGCGUUCUCUUUAGAGUGGUGAAGAGUUCCUCCAACUACGCAUGGGUUUAGGACAAAAGUCUUUUCUUCAUUGCGGAAGUUAAUACUUGAUGUACUGGGUACUCAAUAAUAGUAAGAUACACUGUAAUAAUAUUAUGCAUGUACUUGUUGUUUCUUGUUUUUAGGAUCCAUAUUUUAUGAAGAACCAUCUUGGUUCCUAUGAAUGCAAAUUGUGUCUUACACUGCACAAUAACGAGGUAAGUUGAAUGGCUGUCAAUAGUUGUUUAACUGCAUUCUGGGCAUGCUUUCUGUACAGCCCUUUUAAAAAUUUAAUAAUUAUGUAUGCAACAAUCUCAUACUAUUUCACACAAACAGUCGAUAUGAAUAGAGUGAGAACAUGUAUGCAUAAUCAAUGCAUGAGGCUGAGCGGAAACUUACUGCUCUCUAGCCCAGGGCUUGUGGAGUUUGCUAUCGGUCUAGUGAGUUGAGGCUGUUGGGCAAUCUUACUUGGGAAAUUCAAAUACAGUGGAACUGUGAUCAUUGCUUAUCAAUUUUGGGGGUGGUAGUUGAAAUGACUUCUGUGCUAGUAAAUGCCAGCUAUAGCUUGCCUGAAUAACAAUCUGUAAAACGGAUGAACCUGUGAAGUUCACCCCAAUUUACGUGUCAUGCCUUGAGGCAGAAGUCAGUUGACAGUAACCACCAGACACUAAUAGCGCACAACCCUACUGUAUCUUCAGUCCUCUCAUUUAGCUUAUCAUUAUUUUUGAGAUUUUAUUUUAAUUAUUAUUCUCUAUUUAUUAUUGUAGGGAAGCUAUCUUGCCCAUACUCAAGGAAAAAAGCAUCAAUCUAACCUGUAAGCACCAGAACACACACUAUAUUUGGGUUCCACAGUUUGUACCUGUGCUUGGAUUAAGAUGUGAUGUGAUCUCUUGCUAGUUUUCAUAAUAUUACUCUGGUCACUGUAAAAAGGAUGGUAAUCUCUGUGGUAACAAUGAUCACUGUAAAACCUUGUCCUUAGAAAGGACUGAAGUAUUUCCCUGUCCCAUAAAAGCAUACUUGUCCAAUACUCCAACAAAUUUAUUCAUGGUAUUGUUAAAUUUCUCAUUGUUUUGCUUUGUUCUUCACCAUUAUGCUUUUGUACAGUACUGUAAUGUGAAUACAAUACAAUACAAUGCCAUGCAUAAAUUUGUCGGAGUAUUGAACAGCUCUCCCUUGUUGAGUGUCGCCCCAUUGUCCCUUAGAGUACUUGAAGGACACUGUUUUGUAAGUCUCCUACUGGAGAUGUUAAUGCCAUUAAGGUAAAGGCAAACACGAGCCAAAGGCCCAAAUGGUUGGAGCUUAUCCCAGUUUCAUUAGUAUGAAGCACUUAGGAGUAUUAUUACUCCCCCCUGGACGGGAUGCUAGUCCAUCCCAGGGUUACCCCCCAGCAGUAUGUCACCAGUACCCAUUUAAACACCGGGUUGAAGAGAGACAAAGUGGAGUAAAGUUCCUUGUCCGAGGAAAUGUGAUGGGCGUGGCUUGAACCCCGGACCUCCAGAUCCGGAGUUCGAGGUGUUAACCACUCAGCUACACACACCUCCACAGUGCCAUUCCUACGUGUUUAUUUGAGCCACACAAAUGUCUAGCCACAUUUUAUUCGCAAAGCAAUAGCAAAAAAUUUGUACAUGUAUGUGCCUUCAUCACCUAGUUUGAGACCCUGAGUAUUGGUCUGGCCCAGGGCUCAAACCCAUGACAUCCCAUCCACUUUGCAGUCCAGCACUUUACUUACAGCUGCUCUAAGCAAUCCUUAUCUUUGAGGGAUUCACUUAAACUUAAUUUGUGUUUCAAGAAGGUUUAAGUGAUCGUCACUAAACAAGAUUCUUAUUUUAAAUUACCUUUUAUCAUUCUUGUGAAAUGCUUAUUCCACAAACCCUUCCAAACAAUACUUGUAUCUUAAAAUGACUCCCAAAGGAUCAGUUUCUGUGACUAGAAAUAACUAGCCUGCGAGCAGGCUCACUUGUGUUUCCUACUGAUGUUUUUUAUCAUCAAGUUCGAUGUGUGAAUGUUUGUGUCGCAUAUCCUUGGUUUUUGUCAUAAUUAAGUGGCCUAUCGUUGCCUGUCGUUUUUAACCAAAUAGAUCACUGUGUUCAUCAGCAAACGUGGGGUAUUCAAAAAUCAAUAGCUCGCAUACAGGCUCAUUUUUCCUUGGCCCAUUGGUGGCAUACAUUGAGCUGCCAAAAAUUUUUCCCAAACUUGCACAAUUUAACCGGCUUGUAAGAAAUAACAAAGUAUGAUUAUUUUCAGCGCUCGUCGUGCUGCUAAAGAAGCAAAAGAAGCCCCAGCUCAGCCAGCACCAGUGAGUACAGUAGUUUGUAUUUUUUUAAGUUAAAUGAAGCAGUACUGUUGUAAAGCUGUAUUUCUGAUCAGCAUGUCACCGAGCUUAAAAUUUACCAACUUUCAUUCUUUCAGCCAUAUUAUUUUAUGUACCUGUGUUCUAUGAAAAGUGAACUGUGAAUGAAAUAAAACAAAAGAAGAGGAUAAAUACUGUUAUGUGAUGAAGCAGUAUGUACCAGGGGCGGAUCCAGGAUUUUUUUUAGGAGGGGGUGCACUCGUCUCUUUCUCUACUUCAACACCAAUAAACCACAUAGUUUUUGUUUGCAGAGUACCAGUUGUAUUAGAAAACCGCAGGUCAUCUCAGUGGGGGGGGGGGAGGGUGCGCACCCCCUGCACCCUUGAUCCGCCCCUGUGUACAAGUAAACACUGUAAUUACUUUGCUUGCUUUUACAGGAAAAACCAAGGGUAUCUGUUAAAAAGUUUGUCAAGAUUGGCCGUCCAGGUUAUAAAGGUAGCAAAAAAUCCUUAUCAUUUUUUUUAUAUCUCUCCGUCAUGUCAUAAUAUUUACUUGCUAAUAACAUAUGUAGAUGUAUAUAGAAUACACUGGUACUUGUUUUUUUUUUCUCUGAAAAGAGUAAUAAUUCUACAAGGAUGUAUACAUGUUAUUUGGUAUGUUUAAGAAGAGAAGUAAAAUUGUAUAAAUGACAUACUAAAUUAGCCUGAAUUUUGACCAUGAAUUUUUGGUCUUGUAUGGCUUAUACAGAGUCGUUAUUUGCUCUUUGCAGCUGUAGCUAGAUGGUGUGACUGACACUGUACUUGUAUCUAUGUGAAUCACCUUAAAAUACCAGAGACAAAAAUAUUUUAAGUCCUGACAGUGCCAUUUUUUAAUGGUUUCAGAGAAAAAAAUACCAUAGGUAGCAAUGGAAAAAGUCACUGGACCACAAUCCUUGCAUUAUUGCAUUUUUUCCAUAAAACCUGAGUCUUUCAUUCCAACAUCCACAAAAUCUUAGUCACCUCGCGAUCGCUUUCUGCAUGUACCAAAUUUCCUUGUGUGCUCUUUCCAUCUUUGGUAACAAUAUUAUGAGAUAAAAUUUCAACAAUACAUUAAGCUGGUCACUUGAUUGUAGGUGCCAAAGGCCUAUCUAAUUUUGCCCACCAUAUUGUGUGCAGUAAAAUGACAACUAAUCCACACAACUUACAGUAUUCUACAUAAAUUGCCACAAUAGGCCACGAUGACGAUGUUUGACUACAACUACCAGAAUUCAUUUUGUUUUUGCCUUCUUAUUUAAAUUUGUCAAUUCUGCUGAGUUUUAAUUAACAAUAGCCCUAAUAAUUUAUUUGCACAAGCAAACAACAACUGAAGGAUUCUGGUACAUGUAGUAGUAGUUAAAUAAUGUCAAUGUGCAAUUGUCCUGUAGCAUUACAUGCAAUGGAUUUUAAGUCCAGAGCAGUACUUCAGCUUAUAUAAUGUUAAUAAAAUAAUAUUUUUUUGUCUUUCUAUCACAUGAAUACAGUAACAAAACAAAGGGACCCAGACACUGGACAGCACAGCCUUUUAUUUCAGGUACUAGGUUUAUACUGACAUUGUACUUGUUUAGCAAAUAUCAUUACAUUUAUUCAAAGAGAGCAAUUAAUUACACUCAAGAAAUCAGUUAAAAACCGGUAUGGAUUUUAUGGGUCUGGUCUGAAAACAGGUGUGGAAAAUGACAUUUUUUAGUCAUUUUUGACAUUAUAGGGUCAGGAUUAGGAGAACCAUGUGGCACAUCACCCCCACCAAGAAUUCCUAGGAGUACCCCCCCUCCCCCGCUCACUAUGGAUCAAUGCCAAAGAAGACCCAUUAGGGGGCUGAUAUUGUAUUUUAACUUGCUUCAGAAUGCUCAUAAGUGAUUCAUUCCUCUGUAUGUGUAGGUGGAUUAUCCAGAGAUAGCAGAAAGCAUCACUCCAAGGCAUCGCUUCAUGUCAGCUUAUGAACAGCGAAUUGAACCACCAGACAAAUCAUGGCAGUAUCUUCUUUUUGCAGCUGAGCCUUAUGAAACUAUAGCCUUCAAGGUAUGUUCCAUGAAAACAGUUUACAAAGCAUUUGCUGUAUUGCUGGUUUUCAGUGUCACGCCAUUCAAAAUACCGUAGAUCAAAAUUGAAAUCAAAAAAAUUAAUUAUCUUUCAAUAGAUUAAGUCAAGAGUCUGGAAAAUGUAAGUAAGUAACCACGCAAAGACUCUUGCCAAGAUUCAGGUCAGAGGAAUAUUUUGUAUAGAAAUACCCAAAGAAAUGUUUUACCCAAAUUUAUAGAGAUUUGUAUGGAGGCACCAUGCUGAAGAAACAGAAACAUCUGUUGCUGAGUUUUGCUACAAAAGCCUGAUUAUAUUUCUCAAGUAACUCAUAAACAUUAAAGUAAUACUUUUUCUAAUGCAUGAACUGUUUAGAUAACAAAAUUAGUGUAAGCUUCUUUUUUAACCUUCAUGACAGCCCUCUGAGCGGUGAUGUAAAUGCUUAGACAUUCAAGCAUACUCAAAACCAAGAAGCAUUUUGAAGUGCAAAAUUUUUCAGCUGCUCUAAUACAUCAUGAAAGUCUCAGUAGGAUAGAUGGUUUUGUAGUUUGAAUUUUAGCGACAUCAAGUAAAAAACAACAAUAUUAUUCAUUCCUGUGGAAGGCAGCAGGCCCCUUUUUUGAGAUGGACACUAUGUGCUGUUCGCAUUAAUUUUUAUCUGCACAUUAGAUCAAAUAUUUAAAUGUUAUUUUGCGGCUUAUAAAUUAUUAUUAUAAUGUUCCCAGUGGUGUCUGGCCUUAAAAGAGAACUGACUGUAGUGAUUGAUAUCCAACUUGAAACAGUCAGCAGUUUGACAAAAUGUCCAUAUUUUGUUUUCAAACACCUUUAAAUUAAUUAGAAACAACUCUUGCUGUAGAUUCCAAGUAGGGAAAUUGACAAAGAUGAAGGGCGACUGUGGACUCACUGGAAUAAAGACACAAAACAGGUCAGCAAAUUCUUUUAUUGUAUCUCUAAAUGAGUACAUACACUUUGAUUGGUCAAAUUCACUGUAAUGACGGGUGAAAUCAAAAGUUUGUUUUGGUUUUUAAUUUGCUGAUUGUUUCAUUUUAUUUUGGACUAUGGGUAUGUUAAGUGAUAAACAAAUGUUUUUGACAACUCAAAGCCUUGACCUUGGACCCUGUUAGAUUUGAUGCACUACAACCCAUCAACAGCAUUUCCACUUCUUGAAAUGAAGCCUUCAAUGACCUCUUAGACUCUCACUUAACCCAGAGAUUUAAUAAACAUCUUUCUAACUCCAUCAAGUAUCCUUUAAUAAACAGCUGAUAUUUGUUGUAUCCAUGGAUGGUUUAGUCAUGAGCAAAUACAGUCAAACCUGUAUAUAACGGCCCUGUAUUAAGUGGCCACCCUCUAUUAUGCGGCCAGUUUUCAAAGUCCCGAUUUUUUGCUCAUACAAAUGCUGUAUUUGUUACCUGUAUUAGGCGGCCACCUUUAUUAAGCGGCCUCAGCCACCCUGUAGCAGUCCUGUGUUUGUCUUUCCUUAUUAUUUUUACCUGUAUUAAGCAGCCACCCUUAAACAGAAGCUAAGCCAUACAUUAUUUUGUGCUACUUCUAAUUAGCAACAUUUACGUUAUAACUGCACAUUAAACGUAACAACUAUGAAAUGACAGAAUGCGAUAAUUUGAUGUGGACUUUAAGUCAUGGAAAUACAGUACUGUAUACCGUAGAAGAUAAGAGGACAAUUUAUUACACAGUACUUUUACACAAUAUUGCGUAUACAUUGGACCGUUAAGUUACAAGUUGGCACUGAGCUUUUUUUUAAAGUACAUGUAUUGGUUGCAUUGACCAACUGCUUCUUGCCUGAAGUGUUUUUGUAUGAUACGCCAUCAAAAUUGAGUAUUUUUAGUGAUCCUGUAUUAAAUGGCCACCUGUAUUAAGCACCCAGUUCCUCAAGUCCCGAAGGUGGCCAUUAUAUACAGGUUCGACUGUACAACAGAAAUGCGGGAUCAUAUGAUUAUCGUUUUUUUAUUUUGCUUUGGACGAUAAUUUUCAUACACUGAACUACUCAAUAAAAAGCUUUCUGUUUUCUUGCUUUCAGUUUUUCCUGCAGUUCCAUUUCCGAUUGACACCCAAUCAAAUUCAACAGCAGCAACAGAAGAGAGGUGGAGCUAGUCAACAGAGUUUGCCACCAGGCCUUGCACCUCCACCACCCAGAAACAUCCCCUCUGCAAACCCUCUUAAUCCUUUUGCUCAGCGCUGA